CUGGCUAUACGUUCCCACGAAACUCGGAGUGGGACGGAUGCUAAAAUACCUGAAUGAGGUGGGACUUACUGCCAUGAUACAUUGUCUUUCGGAACCGUUUUUGCCCCUCUUUGAGCAUUUCGGGGUUGAUAUCGACCAGGUCUACCGUCAAAUCGCGAUCAGCCUUCUUUUCCCGAGCAUAGUCGAGAAUCCUCAAUGCAAUAUCUCCAGUUCCUCCAGCUACGUCGAUACACUUGCAUCAUUCAUAACAUCAUAUUUCGACGCCACAGACGAAAAGACUUCCUUGACUGUCAAAGAUGGUCAGAAAACACUUGAACAGAAUAUUCCCAGCGUAAAAACGAACCUAGAGUCUCUUUCUCCGCUUUGGAGGCAUGGAACUGUUCGUCUCGACAUUCCAACGGUACAACGUUCUAUUAAACGAUUUAGUAGCAAGGUCCGAAAAGAUUCCUUGGAGCUUACGAAUUGGUUUAGAAAGCGCCUGUCGUGGUCGGCAAAUGCUCGAAAAGAGCGUCGGGCAAAGAGUAGGAGCGAAUGGAAGCACAGCACUGACGUCCUAGAGUCGCGCCUCAACUUGAACCUCAACACCCUCCCGCCUUCCAGCAUCAUGAGCGGUCCUGGACGUCGAGUACCUCCAAACUAUCCUCAGACUCCCAACGCGGCUUAUCAGGGCUACCCAAGCACUCAGCCGCUGAUCAACAAUGACUAUUAUCACCGCCAUGCGCGCACCAUCUCGGUUGACUCCAGCUACGAAGACCCUGCAUCUCCACCCCACACUGAGAGUGUAACACAUCACGGUGUCCAAACUGGAGAGAUAGGGGGUGGCUACGGCCCCUACACCGGGGCGACGCGUGAAACAGGCGGCAAUGGUCGGUUCAGCUCAGGCGCGUCUGAUGCGUCCCAUGCCGAGAAGCCCCUUCCUAUAGGACAUCCUGGUAAAACAACAACAAUAGGAGCACCAGCUUAUCUGUGGGAUAGUCGAGAUCCUGAUUUGGAUGAUGCUCUGCACAAUCCUGAUCCAAAACAAAACCGGAUACAAGAUGAGUCAUGGACUUUAUGGAGUGGACGUGGUUGGGCGAAUUAUAUCACAUUAUUCAUCCUUCUCGUUGGCCUCAUUACACUCUUCUGUGGCUAUCCUAUUAUCUCCUACUACACGCGGAAAGCUUGGGAGCGCAACGGGUUCAAUCUGGGUGGAAUAAACUAUACUGGACAAGUCCCAGAUCUUCCUAACGUACCCUCGAGGAUCGACAAAGAGACGCCGCAAGAUGCCUAUACACGGACAGGCUUCGAUGGCCAUAAAUACAACCUCGUUUUUUCUGACGAAUUUAAUACCGAUGACGAUCCGUUCUGGGAGGCCAUGGACUUCCAUUACUGGCCGACCGAAGAUAUCGAAUGGUAUGAUCCCGGCCAAGUCACUACUGAGAAUGGACAUUUGGUUUUCCACAUGGUGCAGCUGUCAUUUGUUCACAAAGUACUAGGAAUGAUUCAAACGUGGAACAAGUUCUGCUUUACUGGAGGAUACAUUGAAGUUUCCAUCUCUUUACCAGGAUCGCCGGACGCACCAGGAUUCUGGCCAGCCGGUUAUGGUGCCACCACCGAGGGAAUGUGGCCAUAUUCGUAUGACACUUGCGACUUGGGCACCUUCCCCAACCAAACCGACCACAAUGGAAAUCCUGAAACCGCAGCUACAGGCAACUACUUCCAUGACGGUCCAAUUUCUUUCUUGCCCGGACAACGACUUUCCGCCUGUACUUGUCAGGGCUCGGACCAUCCUGGACCAAAACAUAACGUUGGCCGCUCUGCUCCUGAAAUCGAUAUCCUGGAGGCACAGAUCGAGAUCUUGACUGAACAAGGACAAGGUUCACAGUCUCUUCAGAUUGCACCGUUCGAUUAUGGGUACGACUUUCCAACUACAGAGCCUGCUACCACGGUCUAUGACGGCACCAGAACUGUGUGGAACACCUACAAAGGAGGCGUGUUCCAGCAGGCAUUAUCAGCUCUCACCUACAUAGAUUCUCAGGCCUAUGUUGGUACUGGCCAAAAAUUCGACACCUACGGGUUUGAGUAUUGGCCGAGCAGAGGUGACGAUGGAUAUGUGACCUGGCAGUCUGGUGGAGUCAAGAGUUGGACAGCGACAACGGCUUCAUUGGCACCAAAUGACCAAGUCAAAAUUGGUCAACGUUUGAUACCCGAAGAGCCCAUGUAUCUCGUUCUCAACUUUGGAAUGUCGCCUGGUUUCCAAGGGCAAGACUUUUCAAAGCUAAAAUUCCCUGCAGAGAUGUGGGUGGACUAUGUCCGAGUGUACCAACGAGAAGGCAAUGAGGACUACAGUUGCAGUCCAGAUCAUCACCCAACCGAAGACUAUAUCAACGCGUACGUCUAG